AUGGAGAUGGCCAAGUUGGAGCUGGAGGUAGUAGUGAAUCAAAGGGAGGCCGCCAAGGAGGCCCUUGCCCGGGAGGUGGCCCAUGCUCAGACGAAGCGCGAGGAGUUCGACCGUGCCAAGGCCGGAUUGGAAGAGGAGUUGUCCCGGAAAUCAAAGGAGGCCGAUGAGCGGGCAACACUUUUGGAGGCGGCCACGGCUCAGUCUGUCCUGGAUAAGGAGGAGAUCCAGGCAUUGAAGGACCGGAGUAUUGUAAAUACCAUAACAUUCUACAAAUAUCCUAAGAGUAUAUCCGAAAUCCCAUUGAAUUGCACUGCUUACGGCCAUUCAGGAAAAUGUCCCUCGCACUAUCCCAUUGCCUACAACCCCAAAGAAGAUCCAGAUCGUUCAUCUUACGACACGUGUCCAGAGUACUUCCGUUGGAUUUAUGAAGACCUGAGGCCAUGGGCCCGUACAGGGAUUUCUAAGGACAUGGUGGAAAGAGCUCAAAGCAUGGCCCACCUAAGACUGGUGAUAAUAAAGGGCAAGGCUUACGUGGAAACGUAUAAGAGGCCGUUCCAAACUAGAGACAUUUCCUCUCUGUGGGGGAUCCUACAGUUGUUACGGAGGUACCCAGGUAGAGUUCCUGAUUUAGAUUUGAUGUUAAAUUGUGGAGAUCGACCAACAGUUCAGUCAAGCGCAUACAGUGGGCCCAAUGCCACAUCACCACCUCCAUUGUUUAGAUUCUGUAGGGAUGACACUACACUUGACAUUGUGUUCCCUGAUUGGACAUUUUGGGGUUGGCCUGAGAUAAACAUAAAGCCAUGGGUGUCUUUGUUGAAAGAGUUAGAAAAGGCCAAUAAGAAGACCGAAUGGGUGAACAGGGAACCUUAUGCUUACUGGAAAGGAAAUCCAUAUGUUGCUGUCAGCAGACAAGACCUCCUUAAAUGUAACGUUUCAGACAAACAAGAUUGGAAUGCUCGUGUUUAUGUCCAGGAUUGGGAUCGAGAAUCGAAGAAAGGGUACAAGAAAUCAAAUUUGGCAAAGCAAUGUACUCAUAGGUAUAAGAUUUACAUUGAAGGGGCAGCUUGGUCUGUUAGCGAGAAAUACAUUCUUGCAUGCGAUGCUGUGACAUUACUAGUGAAGCCGCGUUACUUUGAUUUCUUCACUCGUGGUUUAUUACCGAGGCACCAUUAUUGGCCCAUUAAUCCUGAUGACAAGUGUAGAUCCAUUAAGUUUUCUGUUGACUGGGGCAACUCUCACCAAAAAGAGGCACAAGAAAUAGGAAAGACAGCAAGUAAUUUCAUUCAAGAGGAGCUAAAGAUGGAGUAUGUGUAUGACUACAUGUUACAUAUUUUAAAUGAAUAUGCGAAGCUAUUGCAAUAUCAGCCUACUAUACCUGAAAAAGGUACUGAACUAUGUUCCGAGGCAAUGGCUUGCUCAGCAAAAGGACUGACAAAGAAAUUUAUGAUGGAAUCAAUGGUGAAAGGUCCUGCGGAGAGUAGCCCAUGUAGCAUGCCUCCUCCUUAUGAUCCUUCAUCUUUAUAUUCUCUUCUUAAGAGAAAGACAAAUUCAUUAAAAGAAGUAGAGAUAUGGGAGAAGAAGUAUAGGGAUAAUCAAGAUAAGCAGCAGCCAUAG